AUGCCGACUUUUUAUAAAAGGAAAGGCACAGUCAAUAGAGCUACUUGGAGCGCAGAGGCCCUUCAAAAUGCAAUGAAUGCUGUUUCCACGGGUACAUUAGGUGUUAAUCAAGCUGCAAGGGAAUAUGGAAUACCUAAAACUACGCUAAAAAACAGAAUAAAAUUACAAAAGUCAUCAAAGUCACGUUCAUUGGGGAAGCAGUCUUGCCUUAAUGAAGAAGCUGAACUGAAGUUAGUUUCCCACAUUAAAAAAAUGCAGAAGUAUGGUUUUACUCCAAAUCGUGAUCUGGUAAGAAGCAUGGCUUUUGAACUUGCUGAGAAACUUAAAAUUAAGCACAACUUUAAUAAAAUAAAGAAAAAAGCCGGGUAUGAUUGGUUGCAGUUAUUCUUAUCAAGGCAUGCAGAUUUAUCAGUUAGAAAGGCAGAAGGAGUAUCAAAUGCGCGUGCUGUAGGAUUGAAUAAGACCGUAGUGGAAGAGUAUUUUUCUGUUCUUGAAAAUGUUUUAACCGAAUAUCAAUUAUUUGAGAAGCCAGGAAAUAUUUUUAAUAUUGAUGAAAGUGGCCUACAGUUAAAUAAUAAACCUGGGUAUGUUAUAGCGGAAAAAGGGUCUAAAACUGUAUCCAACAUAACUUCUGGCGAAAAGGGGGAAACCAUUUCUAUUGUAGCAUGUUGCAGUGCAGAAGGUGUUUUUCUACCCCCCUAUGUAUUUUAA